AUGUCUGCUAGCAUUCCACUGUCAGAAAAGAGAGAAUGGCGUCGCAUAGUCGGCACCGUUGGCGGAGUCCUCCUGACUCUGCUUAUCAUCGGCGGCAUCGUCGUCCUUGCAAUCCGGGGUGCAAACUGGUAUCCAAACUAUAGCACUUUGAAUUACAUUCUCACUGGAAGGUUUGCCGGGGAGGACUUCUUCGAUGGUUUCGACUACUAUCAAGGCCAUGAUGUUGCGCUAGGCUCCGCCCGCUAUGCCAAUCAAGCAGAUGCGAGGAGACUCAAUCUGACCUAUGCGUCUGUCAACUCUGCAGUCCUCCGCGUCGACAUGCGAGACGACAUUGCCAUGCCAGACGUUCGAACUUCUGCUCGCAUUGAGUCCAAAACAGUCCACAACCGAGGACUUUUCGUUUUCGAUAUCAGACACGCUCCGUACGGCUGCGCAACAUGGUCUACGCUUCGCAUUAGCACUCGCGAUCUGGGAGACAGAGGUCAGAUUGAUGUUAUAGGUGGCGUCAACCUGAACAAUGCUGGUAGGCAAGUGGCUCUGCGAACACCUCCUCGCGGCAACCAAGCCAUUCUGGGCUCGGCAGAUUGGAAGUGUUACUCGUCAUCGGAAAGCGACCCGGACCCGGUCUUCAGCGAUAGAGAGGACAUGCGUGGGUGCCGUGUCACCGAGCGAGAGCCGAUGAAUGGCGCAGCUUUCAACAAGCGUGGCGGCGGUGUAAUAGCUGUGGAGUGGCGUGUCGAAGGCAUCAGAGCCUGGCUGUUUCAACGCCAUGCGGUCCCCGCUGACCUGAGCAACGCAGUCAAAGGCAGCAUGACGAGCCCAAAUGUGACCAGCUGGGGCGAGGCCUUCGCCGACUUCCCCUACACCGACUGUGAUUACAUGAGCCAGUUCAAGAGUAGCAAGAUCAUUGUCAACAUCGGCUUCUGUGGGGAGCUGCCUGGACUGGCGCAGGCUUUCGACGAUGAGAGCAAAUGUCCUGGAUCAUGUCAACAAUACCUCAGUAGCCAACCGGGCUCGGCCUACAGCGAAGCGUACUGGGAGUUUGGAGGUUUCUGGGUGUUUCAGCCCUAUCGAUAG